AAAUAUAUAUAAAUACAAUAGAAAAAUGGAAUUCAUACUCUUCUCUCGAGGAUCAAGCCAACGCAACAAUCAAUUGUAAUUAUAGACAGAACCCUUCAACAAUAGUCCUUUCCCUUUCAUUUUCGCUUCAGAGCUCCACUCCAUUCCUUUCUCCACUCCCUUAUCUUUCCUUAUCUUUCCUUUAAUUAAACAACUACAAAUAUUCUGAAAAGCAACUUGCUCAAUACCAACAUUAUGCUCUUCCAAACACCUCUCAUUCGCCAAUUCCUGAAUAGCUUCGUUUCCAAAUUACAGUCUUCCGUCGAGCCACCUGCAGUUGUGCUGGAUAGUAAUGAUUCUAUAUCUUAUUAUGAAGAUAGUAUUUUGAGCACAAGCAGCAGCGAAGAAGAAGAAGAAGAAGAAUUUAACUUUUACAGAUACGCGCCUUCUUCCAUUUAUUCCAACGAAUCUUUCACUUCAUAUGACCUCGACUGCUAUGAAUAUCAAAUCUAUGAAGACAAAAAGAAGAAAAACUCGUCCUUAUUUGAAAAGACUUAUGUGUCUUUCCCCCAGAUUGACUCAUUUUCCACGCCCACCUCAAAUAUUGCUAAGCGAGAGUUUUUUACUAUGCCUGAAGUAGUUACUGCGACUGCCACUCCAAUUUUUUAUACUGAACCUCUUCCUACCAGCCACAAUAACAACGAAUCUAUCUGGAAUAGCAGCGUUGUAUUCAAUAAUAUACUGACAAAUCUAUACCAUCUUACUUGUUGACUCUCAGCACUUUAAGGUUACUCGCUAUAAUGCCUUUAACUUUGUAAAUAUGAAUAAAUUUAUAAAUACCUUUUGAUAAGGUUCGAAAAAGUC